AGCCAGCGAGUCCUGCUGGUGGGAAUAGGGGUUCGCUUAGGAGUCCGGGACAUCGCUCCGAGGGGAGCUCCACUCAGCUCUCUCCCAUGUGCUUUGGUCCCUGUCCCAGCUCCCGGGGGGACCGGGUGUCGGGGCCGCGCGCCCAGUCGGGAGUAGCGUUUGUUCCAGGCGCGGGCGCGCGCCGCGCCCUGGGUCUGUUUCCCCGGCACUUUCCUGUUACUUUCCAGCGGGGAGGACAGUUCCGGGGAGGGCCCUGCCCACGCCCGCUGCAUAAAGGCCCAGCCCAGCCGCCCGCCACAGCUCUCUGUCAACCCAGACGCUGUCCGUUCCGCGCCACCAUGAGGGGCGUCAGCUGUCACCUCCUGCUCGUGUUAUGCUUUGUACCGAAUCUCUCAGGAGUUGGAACCCAAAAGGCAUCGGGCUGUGCCAGGUGGUGCCCUCCCAACUCAGAAUGUGAGAGUAACAGAAGCUGUAAGUGCAAGCCAGGCUUCAACUCCUCCUCGCCCGACGGUUUGAUCACUAACCCUGCACAGAGCUGUGAAGACAUCAACGAGUGUAUACAAACCGAUAAUCUCUGUGGACCGUAUGCCAUGUGUAUGAACUCAGAGGGGAGCUACUACUGCGUCUGCAACCUGGGAUACAAGCUCCUUUCUGGGGCGGAAUCUUUUACUAAUAAGAGUGAGAACACGUGUCAAGCAUCCGUGGACACUGGGAUGAUACCUGUGCCCUCCAGCAUCCACACAGUUCCUACUGCCAGAAAGCUCCCGGAGCAGCCAACUACAGUGCACCCACGGACACAGCUGGGAGACUCAGGGGAAAGGACCCCCAAGGAUGUGAAUGAAUGCACCUCUGGGCAAAACCAGUGCCACCAGUCCACGCACUGCAUCAACAAGAUGGGCGGCUAUUCCUGCAUCUGUCGCCGAGGCUGGAAACCUGCUCCUGGAUCCCCCAAUGGCCCAGUCAACACAGUGUGUGAAGAUGUGGAUGAGUGCAGUUCUGGCCAACAUCAAUGCCACAGUUCCGCCAUCUGCAAAAAUAUCCCUGGCUCCUACAAGUGCCGCUGCCCUCCAGGUUGGAUAGCAAUUCCUCGUGAUAAGCCAAAUAACACCGUAUGCCAAGAACCACAUUUCCCUACCUGGACGCUGCUGCCCACAGCCCACAGCCAGGCUCUGUUGAGUUUCUCUGUUGAAGUCCAGAAUCUGCUCAGAGACUUCAAUCCAGCCACGGUCAACUACACCAUCCAGAAACUCAUCGAGGCUGUGGACAAACUGCUGGAAAUGCCCAUGGAUAUAGGGACUCAAACCCAACAAGUUGCCACCCAGUUGCUCUCGAACCUGGAGCAAAGCCUUCGGACCUUGGCCCAGUUCUUACCCAAAGGCCCUUUCACCUACAAGUCCCCUUCAAACACUGAACUGGCCCUGAUGGUCAAGGAGCAAGACAACAAAGAUGUUACCACAGUGCACCACAGCCAAGCUUGGAUGCAGCUGGACUGGGCUGUGACAGCUGGAGCCAAAAGCUCAGAAAAUGGCUACUCAGUGGCGGGCAUCCUGUCCAGUCCAAACAUACAAAAGCUGCUGGCCAACACCUCCUUGAACCUGGAGCAGAAGAGGGACACCUUGGAAGACCUCUAUGGAAGCCCGGUUCAGAGCGUCACACUUACGUUCCUCUCGAACAUCAACGCCAUCUUUCUGACCAACACAGACACUGAGAAGCUCGCCUCAGAUGUCACGUUCAAGUUCAACCUAACUUCUGUGAAGUCACUUAAGGCACGUGAAGAACUGAUGUGUGCCUACUGGAAAAGCCAUGACAAUGGGAGUGGGUCCUGGGCCACUGACGGCUGCUCAAUGAAUGACACUGGCUUCUGCCACUGCAACCACCUGACCAGCUUUGCUGUCCUAAUGGCUCAGUACCACGUGCAGGACCCAAGGCUGGAACUGAUCACCAAGGUGGGGUUGCUGCUGUCCCUGGUCUGCCUGCUGCUCUGUAUCCUGACCUUCCUGCUGGUGAAGCCCAUCCAGAGUUCUCGAACCAUGGUGCACCUGCACCUGUGCAUCUGCCUUUUCCUGGGCUCAGUCAUCUUCCUGGUUGGUGUUGAGAAUGAAGGGGGCGAGGUGGGUCUGCGCUGCCGCCUGGUGGCUAUGCUGCUGCAUUUCUGCUUCCUGGCCGCCUUCUGCUGGAUGGCCCUGGAGGGUGUGGAGCUCUACUUCCUGGUGGUGCGUGUGUUCCAGGGCCAAGGCCUGAGCACGUGGCACCGCUGUCUGGUUGGCUAUGGGGUGCCCCUCCUCAUCGUGGCCAUCUCGGCAGCUGCCAGAAUGGACGGCUAUGGGCAUGCGACCUACUGCUGGUUGGACUUCAGGAAGCAGGGCUUUCUCUGGAGCUUUUCGGGCCCUGUGGCCUUCAUCAUUUUCUGCAAUGCUGCCAUUUUUGUGAUCACUGUCUGGAAGCUCACCAAGAAGUUUUCUGAAAUCAACCCAAACAUGAAGAAAUUAAGGAAGGCGAGAGUGCUGACCAUCACAGCCAUUGCCCAGCUCCUCGUGCUGGGCUGCACCUGGGGCUUCGGCCUGUUCCUCUUCAACCCUCAUAGCACAUGGCUGUCCUACAUCUUUACCCUGCUCAACUGCCUGCAGGGCCUUUUCCUCUAUGUGACGCUCUGCCUGCUCAACAAAAAGGUGAGGGAAGAGUACUGGAAAUGGGCCUGCAUGGUCACCGGGAACAAGUACACAGAGUUCACCUCUUCCACAACAGGCACUGGCACCAGUCAAACACGGGUAAGGGGCUGGCCUGCAGUAGGACUGGGAGGGUGUGCCUGGCUGAGCUCAACCUCAAGGGCCUCCUUCCUCUGCAGACCCUCAGGCCCUCAGAAUCGGGGAUGUGAAGGCAAGUUCCAUGUAGGACAGCAGCACAUAUUCAAGGCCGCCAUUUUGCCUUCUGUUCCCGCCACCCUCCCGCCUUUGGCCCCACUUCAGAUAAAGGAAGGGAUGUAAACCCAGCAGUGAGCCCUGCAAGAGGGCAAGGGGCCACAGCUCCUGCUUCUGGUUGCCUCUCUGCCUCACCGUGACAGCUAUUGCCUACCAGAGAAACAAAGCCAGACAGCCCAGACCUGCAGCCCACUGCCUGGUACAUGGGGCAGGCAGUCCUGCGACAAAAGCGAAGAUCCCUUGAAACCUGGGCUCUUGGCCAGGGUGCUGGGUUCAGUUUCUUUAAGCUAAGACUGACAAGGCCAUGUUGGCCACUGAGGACCUGCCUGCUACUGAGGCUCACGGUACAGAGGCCUGGCUGCCCCACAUCCAGGGCAGAGGGUCUCCCAGUUAAAAGACUAGGUUUUGUAAAUUUUUUUAACAUGUAAACCUUUCAAUGUUGAUACACAAAAUUAAAUCUCCUGAUAAAAAAGAUGGCAUGCUUGCUGGUGGAGAGGUUGGCCGACUUGAGAUGUUGUCUCACUCCAUGAGAUAUUGGCGAAAAGAAAGAUGGGGCUGGAGCCAGGUAUUCACAAUAAAAGUUUAUUCUUAACAUAGCUAAAGCUUUGGAACAAUAAAAAGAGAGGCCGCCGAUUGCCACCUAGGAGGAGGAUCUGAAGCAGCAGGAGAGAAAGCCAUGUGCCUGGCUACACACAUGGUUACCGGCUCUGCUCAACUGUAAAGACAAGAAAGUCGCAGUUAGGACAGCUAGAGGUUUGCUCCUGAAACCCAGCAACUCUUCCCAGAGUGGCCCCAGGCACUCACUGUAUGUGGAGAUAUCUAUUUCUUCUGGAAGCUCAGCCACAUUCACUUCAAACCGGUCCUGAACGUCAUUAAGGAUUUUGGCAUCAUUCUCAUCUGACACAAAAGUGACUGCCAGACCCUUGGUACCAAAGCGACCAGCACGAGCCACCUGCAGAGAUGGUGUCAGAAGACAGGUACUCCUUAGGAUCUGAGGAGGAGUGAGGGAGACCCUGAGCCCACACAUGCUGGGAGGAAGCACUCACUCGGUGCAGGUAGGUAUCCGAGUCCUCUGGCAUGUCAUAGUUGAAGACGAUGUUGACUCUCUCAAUGUCCAUGCCUCUGCCAAACAGAUUAGUAGCCACUAGGAUGCGACGCUGGAAGUCCUUGAACUGCUGGUAUCGGGACAGGCUAGAGUGGGAGACAAGCAGAGGUAUUAAACCUGAGUCCUAGGUGUGAGUACCCGUGACCCCGAGUGGACAUCAAGCACUCACCGCUCCUCCUGGGCCAUGCCUCUGUGAAUAGCGAUAGCCGGAAAAUUCUGUUCCACUAGGAGCUGGGCCAGGGCCAUGCAGCGCUGCACAGACUUGACAAAGAUCACCACCUGAAGAAGAAUGGUAAUGUUGUUUAGGCCAAUGGAUAAUCACCCCCACAGGCCCGAAUCGUGGGUGUAGUCAAGAAGCAUCACCUGGUUAAACUCUAGCACGUCAAGGAGGUCGAAGAGUUUACGAUUCUUCUCACUGUCCUUGAGUUUGACGUAAUACUGCUGCAGCCCAUGCAGUGUGAGCUUGGUCUCGUCGUCCACAAACACCUCCAUAGGCUGUGUGGGAAGGGAAGCAGGAAGGGGCGAGUAGGGCUCACUUCUGGACGUCUCAUGUGCCCGGCACCGUCCGGGGAGCAGCUCCUCUGUAUUGAUGAUUCCCAGAGGGCCUGUUGCACCCAACCUCAGUAAACAAUUCUCUCCCAAAAGCCGGAUGUAAGCUCUGCCUCUGGCUCAGGUGUGGACCACUCAGCUCCCAGUUUGACAAACCAGGGGAAGGAAGGAGGCCAGCGAAGCCUCCUAGCAUCCUCCAGGCCAUGAGAGCAGUGUGCUUGUCGCAGAGUGGCCCAGCCCUCAGGGAAGGCCAAAGCUGCUGCGCUGAGGUGUUGGCCACGGUGGGCAGGCAGGCAGCCAGCUGGGGCGUCACCCUACUCACAUCCUGCAUGAACUUCCUGCAGACUGGCCGGAUCUCCUUGCUCAGGGUGGCGCUGAACAUCAUACAUUGCUUCUCAUGGGGUGUCAGACGAAAGAUCUCCUGUACAUCCCGGCGCAUGUCUGGAGGGGACGCCAACAAAUAGCAAGCCUGAAUGUCUUGUUUGACUGAGCAGACCCACACCAGAGAGGAACCAGCCCUUCCCAACCUGGGCCAGACAACAUUGGCACCAUAGCCGCGGUGGAGUGGGCCCAAGGGUGUCCCCACUGCCUGAGGGGCUGGGCUCGGAUGGGCGGGAGCGCAGGCAUGGGAGGAGCUGCGGUCCACUUACUCGCUGCCAGCAUGGAGCGGCCCUGCCAGUGCGCCUUGAGCCACGCUUCAGGAAAGGGAGCCUGAGGCAGAGACAGCCACUGGCGUGAGAGCUGCAGCUUCUUCCCAGGACACAUGCCCAUCUCUCCCAGCCCCUAGUGGGUGGCAGAGGCCACUCUACUCCUCUAGAUUCCCUGGAUGUGCCUACAUGUCCUAAAGGGAUGGCAGCUCAUGGGGCCUAUGGUCCCAACCAACUUGGGUUCAGAAGCAGCACAUACUCUGUUCCCUUAGGGUUCUCCUAGGAGCCUUGAGUUCUGGCCACCCAUGUGACCCACUAUGAGAGCCACUGCCUGCCCCAUCAGGCCCCCUAGAAAAUGGCUGUGACUCUGUGAGUGGGAAAGCAGCUGGUCAGGCCAGUAGGAUGCUCACCCAGCUGUUCCAGCAUCUUGUCACAUUCAUCUAGCACAAAGUGCUUCACAUUCCUCAGGUUGAGGCUCCUGCUCCGCACGAGGGCCAGGAUCCGGCCUGGUGUCCCCACCACAACAUGGGGACAGUUCUUCUUUAACACAUCUUCAUCUUUCUUAAUGGAGAGGCCUCCAAAGAACACAGAUACCUAUGGGGAUAGAAAGAAAGCUGUUUCUACCCAUCCUGAGGGAACCUGACACUCCAGCCCUACUCCCUCAGAACCCAGGGGAGACUGAAGAGCAGGUGCAAGGCUGAGGUAUGUGGGACCAGCACAAGCCUGUGGGGGCUGGGCAUAACUCAUCAGGCUUAUAAGGAACGUAAGUUACCACAAACCUCAAGAUUGAUGAAUGCUGCUUGAGGCCAGUAUGGCUCCAGAAGGCCACAUGGUACCCAACACAGAACCUGAGGAGGCUUACCUUGACACUGGGCAUGUACUUCGAGAAGCGCUCAUACUCCUUGCUGAUCUGGAAGGCCAGCUCCCUUGUGUGGCACAUGACCAGUACUGAUACCUGCAAAGUGGGCAACAAACACAGGUCUUCUUUCCCAGAAUCCACAUCACCCUACCAAACCUACAGCAACCUAUUACAAUAGUUCCUUUCCCACAAGUCAUUUGAAGCCCAAACAUCUCCACUUCUCUUACCCUAACCUAUUCUCCUCAUGGCUACUGAGGCCUGUCUCCCCCAGUAGGCCAGGAACAGAAAAUGGCAGCACUGACCCUAGAUAAAAGGGUUACCUCAGGCUGCCAUGUCUUCUUGACCACCCACAGCAUAGCCCUUCCCUAAAUCCUCAUGCUCUUGUCAGACCCUGAAAAAACAAGCAGACACCCACCCAAGAACACAAACCAAAGCCUCACUCAGGCCACCCAAGAACUCUACCAUAGAGCCACACUCCAGCCCACCACAACAUGACUUAUGACCGCCCACCCCCACCCCGGGUUCCCUAUCCUGGAGUCCAGCAUGAGACCCUACCAUUUAUCUAUAAUGGUGGUAUUAGAACACCUGCAAGACCAGCCAACAACAACUGCAGCAGGCAUAAUUUCACUUCCCAGGCUAACUUCAAAAGCCCACAAAGAGAAAAUGGAAACCGUUUCAUGAGACCCAAGGCUACACUGUCACAUGGUAACUCUAACCCAGAAAAGAGCCCACAUUUACCUGGCCAUUGAUGGGUUCAAUCUGCUGCAGGGUGGCCAGCACAAACACAGCUGUCUUGCCCAUCCCAGACUUGGCUUGGCACAGGACAUCCAUACCCAGAAUGGCCUGGGGAAUACAUUCAUGCUGGACUAAGGAAGAAAAAAGUAUAUGAGUUAAGAAACUGGCUGCUGCCUCUCUGCACACUCCUCAGCCAGAGAAGGUCAGAAGAGCCAGGCCCCAACCAUUUGCUUGCACAGAGGCUGCUGAUAUAACUGACUCAUGGGGAGGGCAUACCCCCUAUUUAAGGCACAGGAGAAGCACAGGAUGGACAGGAUUAACUCUGGGAAGAGGGCAUAAAGGGGUGGCACCAGGGUAGCAUACCCUCUGAAGGAUGUUCAAAGCCACAGUCAACUAUAGCUCUCAGGAGCUCCGGCUUCAGCAGAAAGUCCCGGAAGCCAGAACUGUGGAUGGAGACAUAAGAUCCUUUGACAUCUUUCUUCGGGGGAGCUGGAGUGCUCUCCUGGGGUACCUGGGGCUCUUCAUCUUCAUCAUAAUCCAAAAGCUCAUUUUCCACAUCCUGUUCUGCCAUGUCACUGAGAACAGAAGAGAUGGGGAAAGCAGAAAUGCAUCUGAGAAGCACGCAGAAAAACACACUUGGUAGAGAAGGCAGAAAUGCAUCUGAGAAGCACGCAGAAAAACACACUUGGUAGAGAAGGCAGGUAAGGUAAGGGGUUUGCAGGGUCAAGCCCUGGAAACAGGCAGCUCAAUGGUGUACAGGACUUCCCACUUAAGCCUACUGUCCUUUGUCACCAUUCUCUCAGCAGCAAAGCCCCAUUCUGCCUCCCACCUCAAGCAUCCUAAGGUCUACAGUGAAAUACCAAUUUCAUAUUACAAAUGGGGAUGUGGCUCAGUGAUAGAGCAUUUAUCUACCAGGUUCUAUCCCAACUCAAAUAAGUGAUCAUAUGAUACCAGAUUCUUCACUAUAGUCUUCAUGGCCCGGAUCCUGCUCACUUCCCCACACUUCAUCUGAUCAGAACCUCCACUGGAAGGAUGCCCUGUUCUCAAGUCUGCACACACAAGAACUUUUUAGAUAGCCCCAAUAGUCCUGGCUGGUCCAGAAAUGGCAGUUACAGGUUGACAUUACUUCUCCUGGCUAAUGUGUCCUCCCUGGCACUGAUAAGGUUUCUCAGACCACCCUCCCAAGGAGCUCCUGGAACCCACAGAAUGGACCCGAAGUUGUAUCUGCCUCGCUGCUGAGAAAGGAGUGGUGGUCAAGAAGCAAGCAGCAAUUUCUUUACCAUGCCCAGUCAGCCUCCCCUGCUAUUUGUGGUCUACACAGGGGAAUCAUUAAGAGCUUUUAAGGAGAGGAUUCCCACUGGGCCAGGCCAACAAGAAAGCCAGCCAGUUGAGAUGCUAAGUGGAAUUUGCAGGAGUCAGCCCUCGCUUUAUUAAUCUCUUACACACCAAGUACAAGGCAUACACCAGCCAGGCUUGCCCCUUCCUUGUCUCCCCUAGCCUACAGAAAUAGUUCCAUCUCCUUGAGGCCAAAAUGCUAACACAGUAGGACCCACUCCUUAUACAUCCCUCCACAACUUUACCCAAUGAUACUCAACCAUUUCUAUGUUCAGUUUCCCCAACUGUCUACAGUCAUAUGCCUUUUCCACUGCAGAACUGUGAGCAGCUGCUUGCCCAUGGCCUUACAAGCUAAAUUCAAGCGGCCUAUAUACAGCAAAGCUUUUUGUUUUCACCCCAAGGGGCUACAUUCCCCCAUCUCAGAAACAAUGAUUCCAUUCUCGGGCAGACUUGACUGACCAACAAAUCUUACCCAGUAAAUUGCACUUACCAAAUCCAGUCAGGCCUACCUAGCCACUUCUCACAGAGAAGUGACCACGCUGGCCCCAAGUUGAAGUGACCUUUUGUUUUUUUCUUUAAAAUCAGAACAGCUUUACUAAAACAGUCAUAAGCUAUACAACUCACCAGUCAAAGUACACAAUUCAGGAGUCACAAACACGCUCGCACAAUCAACUCUAACAUAGUUCACCACCUUUAAAAAAAGAAAACCUUCUGGAUAGCCUGAAGAGAUGGCUGAUUAAGAGCACAUUUUCAUUCAGAGCACCGAGGUUCAAUUAUUCCCAGCAUCCACAUGAUGGUUCACAACUGUCCAUAACUCCAGUUCCAAUGAGACCCAAAGUCCUCUUCUGACCUUCUGACCAUGAAGCAUGCCCUUUGAAUAUAAAUGCAUUCAGACAAAACACAUAAGCAAAAUAAAUAAAUCUAAAAAAAAAAAAAAAAAAAAAAAAGGCCCCUGGCCUGGGGUGUGGCUCAGCCACAAAUGCCUAGCAUGUGAAAAACCCUGAACUCCACACCCAAACCCACAAAGCCUGCAGCCAUUGCCUAACUCCCAGAAACAAUCUGUUUCUGGUCUCUGCAGACUAGCCUUUUCUGAGCAUUUUCUAUAAAUAGGUUCAGACAGCAUUACCUGGCCUUUUCCUUUCUGAUUCCUUCAAUCUACCAUUCUCAACACUCACCCACAAUGCAAUGGAAAUAAAUGCUGCAUUCCCUUUAUAGCCAAACAAUAUGAGAUCAUGUGAAUUGAACCCUGGUGCUCUGAAAGAUCAUGUGCUCUUAAUCGGUCUCUCUCUAGCCCACCAGAAGGUUUUCUUUCUUUCUCUUUUUUUCGGAGCUGGGGACCAAAAGGUUUUCUUUUUUUUUUUUCUUGGCUCUUUUUUUCGGAGCUGGGGACCGAACCCAGGGCCUUGCGCUUCCUAGGUAAGCGCUCUACCACUGAGCUAAAUCCCCAGCCCCAAGGUUUUCUUUUUUAAAGGGCUUAUGUUUCAGUUGAUUGUACUGAUGCCACAGGAUGUAAAAAUGCAUAUACUAUCACAUGAUGUCAUUUGGAUUAACACUGUUUUGUCUGUAUUACACCAACAGCCUACUCCAUGUCCACUGACCCUAUGCACUACACAACUCUCACAGCAGACAGAGGGGGCAUACUCCAGCUAAAUCAUAUCUGGCUUGUCACUGUGUUGUGAGUCCCCCAAAUCCACAUAGCGAAGAAAACUGACAAAUUGUCCUCUGAUCAACAUGCACACACCCCUACACAGACACAAAGUAAAAAAAUGCUUUAACUAGGUAUUAAAGCUCUACACCCCAGCAAAGGUUUAAAGCAGAGACAGCUAGGACAGCUAGGAGAGGACAGGAGAGCUGGACAGGCCCAGGGCCUGUGUAGCUAAAUUGCUAAGUCGUGGAGAACUGCUAAGUAGGCUUGGAAUUGAGUGAUUCAUUAAGAAUUUGCUCAAGUGGAGAUAAGAACGGCAGCAGGGAGAAACCAGUCCUCUGAAAGGUGAUCAGCUGUGGGGGGAGCUGAAGUAGAGAGGAGAUGCCGAAGAGCUCAAAGCCAUUCCUGAGGAGAAAAGAAUCACACUUGAAUGGCCUAGAUGUACUACCUAUUUUUAUUUGAAAUUGGGUCUCCUGCAGCCCCUCAAACUUGCUAUGUAGCUGAGGCUAGUCUUGAAUUCCAGAUCCUGUCUCUAGUUCCCAAAUGCUAGAAUAUAUUAAAAAAAUUUUUUUAAAUGCCUGAGACAGGGACAGGCAGAACUCUGAGUUCCAGGCCAGCCAGGGCUACAUAGUGAGAGAUCUUGUCUCAAUAACAACAACAAAAACCUUAGAAGUUAAGUUCUAAGACUGGCCAGGCAAGGGGGUGCUUUAAAAGUGCUUAAUGAUGGGGUUGGGGAUUUAGCUCAGCGGUAGAACGCUUGCCUAGCGAGCGCAAGGCCCUGGGUUCGGUCCCCAGCUCCGAAAAAAAGAAAAAAGAAAAAAAAAAAAGAGUGCUUAAUGCUCUUUCAGAAGACCUGAGUUAGGUUUCUCAGUUCACAACAACCCUCUAACUCCAGGGACAGUACUUCCGGUAUCCAAGAGCACCUGCACACCACAGGUGUUCAUUCACAUAAAUAUGCCUAAAUAAAAAACGACAAGGACAGCCUCGAUUUCAGGAGAACUUAUCUUAGGGCCUCUCAGAUGUGUACUCUGUUUUUAGGCAGUAUUGUUUAAAAAACACUUCUUAUUGUGCUGGUUAAAAGAUAAAUGUGAAGCCCGGCAUAGUGGCACCCGCCUUUAAUACCAGCGUUCCGGGAACCGAGGCUUGUGGAUCUCGGUAAGUUCGAGCCCGACCUGGUCUUCAGAGAAAGUUCAAGAACGGCCAGAAUUAUGUAAAGAGAUCCUGUCUCAAGAAACGAGAUACACAAAAGGUUCCGAGGUGCACCUCGGAAUGUAUGCCUCCAAAUACGUCAGGCCUUCGUUCAAUCAGGAAAAUGAAAUAACUGAACCCAGGCUGUCACAGACCUAAAGUUUCAAACAGGCCCAGGAAGACGAGAUGCAACUGGCUGAACCGGCCUCACACCGGGAAAACGACACCCGGUGAAUGGCCUAAGGGCCGCCACACCGGCUUUCCGCUUCGGAGUCUGGAGGUGAAUCUCCUGGGAGAGCGGCGGAGCAAGACGGGAAGCAGGUGAGUGCAGACUCGGGGCAUCUGCCCAGAAAGCCUGGGUCCUCUCCCCGCGACCGAAAACGCAGCCUGGAGCCGCCCCGUGCCUCAAACCCACCACAGUACACAUGCGGGCCUCCGAGAGCCGCCAUGACACCGAUCCCGGAAGCCAACGCACUAACGGCCGGCCCGCCCCUGGCGCAUGCUUACUGGAACCCAACGGCCGCCGUCUCCAGUGGGGUGCCUAACCGUCCCGCCGCCGCGCGCGCCCACUUUUCCCACUGCACCGCGCUCCGCGGCGUCCCUUUCGGCGAACCCACAGCCCCGCACCGCAGCCCGGGCCUCGGGACCCGCCACUUACCUGUUGCCCGGUUCGCCUCCGCGAGCUGCGAAGAGAGCCACCCGUACACGCCGCGCCCCUGGACGCGAGCUACAACGCUUCCUUCCUUGAGCCCAACUCUGGUCUUGCUCACUGGACAGCUGGUUUAUCACUCAACAGAGGAGGAAAUGAUGGUUGGAUUAUAAGGACGCUGUCGGCCGGCUAUUGGUGAAAAGGGUGAAAGAGGGCGUACCUAGAGCUUCGUGUUCAUUGGGCAGUCGUAGAGUGGGCGUGUCCGAGGGGGGAGUGGACCAAUCAGCGAUCCCGCUCAGUCACGUGCGAUGAAUUGAGGGCCUGAGUGGACGCUGCCACAUUUAGUACUGGCAACCGCACCUUAGUCGCUCUUGUAUGUGCCCCACCCUUUUAAAGUGUCCCUUUCCUGCUGGUGUAGAACCCCUGACUCUUUUGUUUGGUUGUACCUUUUCGAGAUAGAGUUUCUCUGAGUACCUCUGCUGUCCGGGAAUUCCUCCAUCUGUGACCAGGCUGGCCUCAAACUCAGAGAUCUGCCUGCCUCUUCCUCCGUGUGAUUAAAGGUGUGAGCGCUGUGA